ACCUCAACCACUUUGCUAUCAUCAGUCUAGACCGACGGCCAUCCUUGGCUGCAGGCUUUAUUAGACUGGGAUCCUAUGACAGAGAUCAGUGUGUCUCGAGACGCGGACUGCGCGCGCGCCACCGAACGAGUCUCGAUCGAAUUAGAAACAUAUUUUUAAAUUAUUCACAUCGGUCUCCGAUUACGACAGCUGUGUUUGUUUUUAUAUUUCAAAGUUGAUACUAUUUGGAGUUUUAUCAAUAUGAGGGAAUUGAAUGGCGUAUCAUGCGAGAAGUCGAUCGGCAGACGGCGAACUGUGCCAGUCAUACACGUCCAGGGGACACACUAUGAAGUCGGAUUCGAUGUCGGCCGGACUUUUUCGAACAUAAUAAAAAGUUUCCUAUCGUCGUACGAGAACCUUCGUGACUUCGAGAAGGAGUACAAGACUGAUGCUGGCAGGAACGCGUACGACAAGACUCUUGCGAAUAUGAAGAAGAAAUAUCCGUACUAUGUGAAAGAGAUCCAGGGCGUCGCGGACGGCGCUAACGUUCCAUUCUACCAGUUGUUCCUUCUGCAAAUGGACGAUCUGAUCGGCACCGUCAACGACAACCACAUCCCUCGCAACGACACGGGAGGUUGCAGCUCAAUCGCCAUCAAAAACCCUUCCAACACCUUACUUGGUCACACAGAAGAUGCUUUCGGUGAAACCCUCAACCAUUUCUACAUCAUGACGGCUCACAUCAUACCAGCGAAGGAAGACAGAGACCAUGGUGCUGUUGAAGAGAGGUUCUCUUCGCUGUGCUACGCUGGCCACAUGCCGGGCUACACCAUGGGCUACAACGAGAACGGUCUCGUUUUCUCCAUCAACACACUCAGUCCACUAGUUCUGAAGCCAGGGAAUACCCCCCGUACCUUCAUAACUCGAGCGAUGCUAUCCGCCAAGAACUUCAGCGACGCGGAGAGGAUUCUCCGCGAUGAAGGUCUGGGCAUCGGGAACGGGUUCUCGGUGAACAUGAUCUGGACGACGUCGUGGGGACAUCGCGAGGUCUACAACGUGGAGGUCUCGCCAGACCUAAAGGCGGACCGGUCCCUGCUCAACAUUCAAAAGUACGACAAGGAACCGCUGGUGCAUUGCAACAGAUACCAGCGCACCAACAUAUCGGAGGUGAUCGGUAGCAUCAUCGACAGUAGUGCGGCUCGCUUGCGCGUCAUCCACUCGUACCCCACGCCGCGGACUCGCGCGGACAUCGCCGAGAUCCUCUCCGACACCAGCGACGCCGAGUUCAAGCUGUUCCAGGAACAACCCGAUGACGUCAUCAAGACCAUCGCCGCCGGUAUCUUCGACCUGGACAAGCGCACCUGGAGCAUCUACAUCAACAAGCCCAAGUGCUCGGAGCCGGUCGCAGUACUGCCCAUCACGUUCACAUCACUCGACUAUUAGGACAAUUGUUGUAACUUGACUGCAGACUGAAAGACUCGACAGGGAGAUACCACAAGACAAAAAAAAAA